UCAUUUUAUUCGUAUUUCAAACUUAACCCAAUCGAUAGAGUUCAUCAUCUUUAUUGAAUCACCAUGAAGGUUUUCAACAAAACAUUUUAUCAUCUACUGUGCCCGUCAAAUCUUAUGUCUUUGACAACUCAGGAUCUUCACAACAAAUUGUAUUAUAAAUAUAAAUGUGUUUUUAAAUAACUUCUAUUGAUUUUUAAUAAUCGUACAAAAUGGCGAAACCCUUACAAAAAGAACGAGAGAACAGAUCAGCGGAGAAGAAAGAUGUGGUGUUCCACCCUUUCACUAUAUCCCCUGAAAGUGCGCACACAUCGAUACUGUUGCUCGAUGCUGUAGAACCUGAAAUAAUAUGUCAGACUCUCCGAGCGAUAACAAAGUACUCGGCGCAAGAGAUGUGCAACCGCGAACUGUUGUUCGGUUUGGAUGCGAUAACACACAUCCUGCCUCAUGUGGAGCACAAUGAGCUGAACAUCCGAAGGUUUGCCCUGAAGGCCUUGGCACAGCUCUGCCAGUUACCACGAGGCCCAGAACAAGUUUUGGAGAACCCACAAAACUUGAGGAAGAUUGCUGCCAUGCUUGUGAGGUUUGAAGACGUCUUCGUUUUAGAGUUUGCGUCCUUAGUUCUAGCAGAGCUGACUAAGGAACCGCUUGGCUGCGAACAACUCCUGUCAGCUAACAUCCUCAGCACUUUGUUUGCUAGGAUGAAGAACAGUCUAGACCCUGAUGUUCAGAAAAAUUGUCUUCAGACGCUAAGCAACCUCCUCGAAGAUCCGAUAUGUGCAGCCGAAGUGACGAAGAAUACGCAGUUCAGCUGGCCGUCACUACUAGCGCUGAUGCAGAGCAAGUUCCUCGCUAUCCAGCACGCGGCUCUAAAGACCGUGGACCAACUGAUCUGCCGGUACAAGGACCAGGUUGUACAGAAGACGUUUCGAACAUCCACUGGUGUUCUGGACUUAUGUGAUAUAUUGGAGUCUUAUGAAUUCCGUGACGUCCACGCGAUGGUGCUGGGCGUGCUCCGCAACUACGUGGAGACGGAGGAGAACGCGUCCCACCUCUACCAGUCAGGGUGUAUCCUUCGUCUCCUCGCCUACCUGGAGAUGGCGUUGCCGGCUAUGAAGCCACACUGCUUGGCUGUGCUUACUAAAAUGUCUUAUACUGCUAAUGGGAGAGAGGCACUAUUCAACACGGAGACAGACAUGGUGUUCUGCCACCAGCUGCUGAGCUCCAACGUGGACUUGUUGGCUGACGCGGCGAUGGGCGUCGCCAACAUGACGAAGCUGCUAGCGUCUGCCGUGCGCAUGUGUGAUCAUACCAAUAUCAUUGAUGCUCUAUGUGUGAUUGUGGCAGAUGACUCGGCGAUCUGGUUCUCCAUUAGACUGAACGCCUUGAAAGCCAUCAUGGAACUGUGUCGAGUGAUCCCUAAAGCUGCCUUCGCCGUCAUCGAAGUCAAGCCAUUUACCGCCAUCAGAAAUGUCAACAGAAAAUUCGCUCAGAACCCCAUCGAAGCUCAGAGGCUGGCUGUGCAGUGCUACAUCAACCUGGAGAUAUACCACGUCAGUAAGAAGGCCAUGGUCAACGGAGACUUCAUUGCUGAACUCCUCGCCAUCUUACUGCGCCCAGACAUCACUUUGAAGAUCCUGACGUGCACUGUGCUGACCGGCCUGAUGACUGAGGAGGCAGCUAGGGAUUUGAUCACCUUGAAGAAAGGCGAGGAGGUGAUAGCAAAGAACCUCCACAUAGAACACGUGGGGCUGCGCACGGCGCUGUGCUCCUUCAUCAUCGCCAGCGUCAGCAACGAGGGGGCCGACAUAUACUUAGACUUGGGGACUAUACACUAUAUGGUGGAGAAUACACAAGCGAGGUACGUGGUGAGUGCGUGGGAGCCAGCCCUGGAGGCCAUCUUCCGCCAUCAUCCGUCCGCCAAGCUGGCGUACACUGGUAGACUGGACAUCAAUGACUUUACUCAGGAGGGUUUCUACUGCCUGAAACGGCUCCGCGACAGUUUCCCCAGCAUCCAGACGGUGAUGACGCAGACAGGUCGCCCGCGCAACCCUGUGUUCAUCUGCAUGUUCCAGAUACCGCCUCACGAUUCGGGCUCAGGCACUAAUCUUAUGAGCGCUUAUCGUCUGUCCGAUCCAAAAUUGACGCUCUUCGGGAGAAUGCGGUUUCCUCCGGUACCAGAUGAUUCCAACUUACGGGAGUAUCUCCUUAGGUUACGUCUGUGGUUCGGUGACCCAGCACGAUCACUGCAUUACUUUGAGAUAGAAGACGCUCAUUACGAAGUGAGAUACCGAGAGAAGUGCGAAGAAGUAUCAUCCUCAUUGAAGCAGCGCGCGCAGUUGUUGGGCGAGUACGUCGCGGAACAAAUGAGUGGACUCACGCAGGAGAAGGACUGCUCCAUGCCCAGCGUAGACUUACAUCUCGCUGAUCUUAUGUCAGACCUAGCCUCCCCAGUGAUAGGGCUGGGCUACGUGAAGUGUGGCGGGCCGCUAGAGAGGGCGCUACUGUACAAGGUGCUGGCGGACCGGGUCGGUAUACCGUGCGCACUGUUCCGCACGUCCAGCGCGUACGCCUGGUGCGAGGUUGGCGUGCCUGAGAUUGAUCCUGCAGAAGACCGCGAGAAGAUCCACAACUUCCCAGCAGGUUUGCUGAGAGCGAACUACAUAGUGGAUCUAAUGACGACGCCUGGUCGACUCAUACCGCGCGGCGGUAGGGACGCGAGGAACAUCUGCGGCCCAGUGUGCUCCCUGCCUUAUACUGCUCGGAAACUACCAUCCGUUUGCAAAUGCGAGAACAAAUGUGACUAGGUUGGUGAAGAGAGUGAAGAGAGAG